AAGAAAAUUCAAAAAAAAAAAAAAAAAUUAAUAAGUAAUAAACUUUGUGUUUAAUUCGUGCCUAACGGCCAUUGUAGAAUGUACAACUACGUGGGCUGUCUAUCUGUCGUUUCGGCUUUAGGCCAUUUCGCCGGCCAACUAAAAGUCUAAAACAACACACUCUGCUCUCUAUUACUAUUCUUAAUCAAAAUUAACAAACAUAUUAUCAUAUAAUACAAUCCGUAAAAUCUUACAGUUUUAAUAAUUGACUCUCUUUUUGGGUUUCUUUUCUUUGUUCUUACCAUCACUGCAACAUGAACGAUCUCCUUACGGAUUCCUUCGUUUCUGAUGCCAAAGGCCAGCCUUCUGGAGAAAAUGAUAUAGAAAUGGGGAGGCAAGUUCAACGGAACAAUGCUGAUAUUGGAAUGGAGACUUUCAAUAAACAGAUACAAGAGGUUGAGAAAUUAGUGGACAAGCUCUCUGAGCUGCUUAAGAAGCUUAAGGAUGCUAAUGAGGACUCAAAAUCUGUGACGAAAGCAUCUGCAAUGAAAGCAAUUAAAAAGCGUAUGGAGAAAGAAAUUGAUGAAGUGUUACAGAUCGCGCGCAAUGUGAAAGGAAAACUAGAGUUGAUAAACAAAGAUAACUUAUUUAAUAGACAGAAGCCUGGAUGUGAGAAAGGAACAGGUGUUGACAGAGCAAGGAUGAAUAUGACAAAUGCUUUGACAAAAAAGUUCAGGGAUAUAAUGUCUGAGUUUCAGACCCUCAGACAAAGAAUACAAGAUGAAUAUCGUGAGGUUGUGGAGAGAAGGGUUAUGACAGUUACAGGUACCAGACCAGAUGAAGAGACAAUUGACAACCUCAUAGAAACUGGAAACAGCGAGGAAAUAUUUCAGAAGGCAAUUCAAGAAUCAGGACGAGGACAGGUGCUAAACACUUUAGAAGAAAUUCAGGAGAGGCAUCACACAGUGAAAGAAAUAGAGAGAAAGCUUCUUGAUUUGCACCAGGUCUACAUUGACAUGGCAGUCCUAGUUGAAGCUCAAGGAGCGGAUAUCGAUAACAUCGAGAAUCAGGUCACAAACGCAGUGGACCAUGUAAGGUCAGGUACAGAAGCUCUACAAACAGCUAAGAGCUUACAGAAGAGGUCAAGAAAAUGCAUGAUAAUUGCCAUUAUAUUGCUUCUGGUUAUUGCUAUCAUCAUUGUCUUGUCUAUUUUGAAACCAUGGUCCAAAUGAAAUAUAACUAAAAAGACAGCACGCCCAUCAUCCCCUUCUGCAAGGUGCACUUGUUUAUCUCUACAUUUUCCCAUUCAAACUUUGGAUUACGAAGAUAACUUUCUUUUCCUAUAUUUUUUUUACCUUGUAUAUCUUUGGAGUGAAGAGGUUGAUUUCCUCUUUCCUGUAUACUGUAGUAGAUUUUGAUACACAAUAAUAAUUAAUGAAUAAUAUACUAGGCAUAGUGCCUGCCUAGUGCUUUGAAGGA